AGAAAUUGUAUUUCUAACAGGGAGGCUUAGGGAUCGGGUAUUGUUGUGAAUAGACAGUCUCUCUUACAAAUAGAGAUUUUCACGUUUUUUACGUAUGGUUCGUAAACGAAAAACAUAAGGAGUAAUCAAUUAUUUGGAGGACGGGGAAGCUUUCUAAAGCUGUCCUCUGGCCAGACCAAAUUACAAAUAAGCAUCAAAUCACUGGUGUUACUUAAUUUCUCUUAUAAAGAGUGCUAGUUAGCUAGCAAGCCAUCUUUAGACUCUGGAGCAGGAAAGUGAGGAGAGUAUGGCCAUGACGGGAGGGACGGCCGCCCCCCUCCCCAUGAGCAACCAUACGCGCGAGAGAGUGACGGUGGCCAAACUCACGCUGGAGAAUUUCUACAGCACCCUGCUCACGCAGCACGAGGAGCGGGAGAUGAGGCAAAAAAAGCUGGAGAAGGUGAUGGAUGAAGAGGGCCUGCUGGAUGAUGAGAAAGUGAUGAGGCGUUCUCAGCAUGCCCGGAAGGAGACGGAGUUCCUGCGGCUCAAGAGGACGAGGCUCGGCCUGGACGACUUCGAGUCCCUCAAAGUCAUCGGCAGGGGGGCCUUUGGAGAAGUGCGCCUAGUUCAGAAAAAGGACACAGGACACAUCUAUGCAAUGAAGAUAUUACGAAAAGCAGAUAUGCUGGAGAAAGAACAGGUGGCACACAUCCGGGCAGAACGGGACAUCCUGGUGGAGGCAGAUGGUGCCUGGGUGGUCAAGAUGUUCUACAGCUUCCAGGACAAGAGGAACCUCUACCUCAUUAUGGAGUUCCUCCCUGGAGGUGACAUGAUGACUCUACUGAUGAAGAAGGACACGCUGUCUGAAGAGGCCACUCAGUUCUACAUCGCCGAGACCGUGUUGGCCAUCGACUCCAUACACCAGCUGGGGUUCAUACAUAGGGACAUCAAACCGGACAACCUCCUGCUUGACUCUAGGGGACAUGUCAAGCUCUCGGACUUCGGCCUCUGCACUGGCCUGAAGAAAGCUCACCGCACCGAGUUCUACAGGAACCUCACGCACAACCCCCCCAGCGACUUCUCUUUUCAGAACAUGAAUUCAAAAAGGAAAGCGGAGACAUGGAAAAAGAACCGGAGGCAGCUGGCAUACUCAACUGUGGGCACUCCAGACUAUAUUGCCCCAGAGGUCUUCAUGCAGACAGGGUACAACAAGCUGUGUGACUGGUGGUCCCUUGGUGUCAUCAUGUAUGAGAUGCUCAUCGGCUACCCGCCCUUCUGCUCGGAGACGCCGCAGGAGACCUACCGCAAGGUCAUGAACUGGAAAGAGACGCUGGUCUUCCCGCCCGAGGUGCCCAUUUCGGAGAAAGCCAAGGACCUGAUCCUGAGGUACUGCACCGAUCCCGAGAAUCGGAUUGGAGCCGGGAGCGUGGAGGAGAUUAAGGGCCACCCGUUCUUUGAGACUGUCGACUGGGAGCACAUCAGGGAGAGACCGGCUGCCAUCUCCAUCGAGAUCAAGAGCAUCGAUGACACCUCCAACUUCGAUGACUUCCCAGAAUCAGAUAUACUACAGCCAGUAACAAACGCAACAGAGCCUGAUUUCAAGUCCAAAGACUGGGUCUUUUUGAACUACACCUACAAGCGCUUCGAGGGCUUGACCCAGCGCGGCACCAUCCCCACCUACAUGAAGGCGGGAAAAGCUUGAUGGACAGACAGACAGACAGACAGGGGGCCGAGCCACAUGAAAGAGGAAGAAGUGUUGGAGAUGGAGGGAGAGGGUUCGGGGU